AAUUGGAGAUGCUCUGUGGAAACGUGAUGUGGAUCUGGAAGGGAGCUGGGCACCCCGGACUCGGUGGUAGCUCCCAUUUACUGAGAGUGUGAAGGUAUGGACCAUGAGCAGAAGCCAGGAGCUGGGCUGCUGCAGCUGCUGCAGUUUCUGUGGCUGCUCCCCCACGCCUGGGCGGUGCCCGAAGCUCCUCCUCCUCCUCCCGUGUGGUGGGAUGGCCUGCAGAACCACACCUUCCGGCACACUGUGUUCUGCCAGCUCGGGAAUCCCAACAUAGGGCUCUCUGAGUCCUACGACGAGGACCAGCUCUUCACCUACGACUUCUCCCAGGACACCCGAGUACCCCGGCUGCCUGACUUUGCAGACUGGGCUCAGGAACAGGGAGACGCCUCUGCCAUCUCAUUUGACAAGGACUUCUGUGAGAUGCUGGUCCAGGAAGUGGGUCCGAAGCUUGAAGGGAAAAUCCCCGUGUCCAGAGGUUUGCCUGUGCCCGAGGUGUUCACACUGAAGCCCCUGGAGUAUGGCAAGCCCAACACGCUGGUCUGCUUCAUCAGCAACCUCUUCCCGCCGACCUUGACUGUGACCUGGCAGCAUCACCUCAACCCCGUGGGGGGAGCCAGCCCCACGUUCAUCUCGGCCAUCGAUGGGCUCACCUUCCAGGCCUUCUCAUAUUUAAACUUCACCCCGGAGCCCUAUGACCUUUACUCCUGCCUCGUGACACACGAGAUUGACAGCUACACACCCAUUGCCCACUGGGUACCCGAGAACGCCCUGCCCUCAGAACUCCUAGAGGAUCUGCUGUGUGGUAUGGCCUUUGGCCUAGGUGUGCUGGGCAUCAUCAUGGGCAUUGCCUUCUUCAUCUGGUCCCAGAAGCCUUGCUCAGUCGACUGAUUCUCCACCAGAGCUUGGAACAGCACAGCCUUGCCCGCAGGGAUGCCCACCCUUCUAGUGCCUGCCCAGGGCCUCUCAUCGGAGCAGGAGUCCCUGGGACUCCGCAGGAUGUGUGCAGUGUGCAGGUGUCUUGGCUGAGGGUCUGCUGUCCCUGGACUUGCACCCAGAACGGCCCGGAUCGGGAGCCCAGGGCAGCACCCACCCCCACCUCACGCCUCCCCACUCCGAAGCAAUAAACCUUAUUUCUUGACAUUAGCUUGAGCUCUCCCUCCCAUACCAGCCAAACAUUCUGCCGCCAUGCCGCAACCCAGCCCGCUGGACCUCCUUCUUGUCGGAUUUACUCUGGACUCUUGACUCCAGUGGUUUGUUGUUUCAGUUUCCGCAUUCCUUAACCUGAACACAGCUCCUCAGACAGGGAGGUGGGAAAGUCCCUCUCCCAGCCAAGCUCCUGUCCCCUGAUCUCAGCGGAGCUGAUGACGGCUUGUGUAAAAUGCAUGAGAGAGGACGGUAGAGUUUCUGUAGUCAAUAAAAUGGUUGAGGAAAUUG